GCUAGCGAAUCGUGGAUAGCUCGACCCAAAAGAGAAGAAACGAGAAAGGGCAAGACGGGGGGGGGAGAGAGAGAGAGAGAGGAGAAGAUCGAAUUGCCAAAAAGAUGUUUCCAUGUUAGUGGCACCUUGAAUGGGUGGCAUGGCAGGCACUGAUCUGCCAUCUAUUGGCCGAGUGAGGCUCACUGAUCUCAUAGCCUCAGAAGGGCUUCCUUCGGAUUCUUACAAGAUAUCUUUAUUAACUUUAACACAGUCCCUUGCUCAAUAUUCUGCCGCUAUUAUACAGUUACCAUCCAGUGAUGGGGCACUUCUAAGGUCUGGCCUUGAAUCUGCUCGAUUUUUCUUCCACCAAAGAGCUUUCCCAGCUGCAGAGAUGGUCCAGACUAAUGACCCUCGUGAGUGGUGUAAGACGUCUGGUUAUUAUGCAGACCCCCAAUUGUGGCAGGAAAUAUAUGAUUAUAGGCCUGGUCUGACACCAACAGAGCCUAAUGGUGCAAUUGAGUUUCCUCCUGCUGGUUUGCCAGAUAUAUUUGCAUUACUUGGCAAGGCCUCUCGGGAUAUUUUAGAUGCUAUCAGUUUCCAUUUGAACCUUCGUAGCUUUUCAUUCACUCAAAUACUUGAUAAUGUCCCUUUGAGAAGUAGAGAAGUAUCUUCCUCAGUUCUUUCAGUAUGCUGUCAUUCAAGACCAUCAUUUCAAGGAGCACAACACCAUAGCUUAACUACACAAGAGGAUGGGCAGUUGGACAUGUUUGCAGACCAUGAGCCUCAGGUAGAUAAGAGUUUCAUAACAAUUGUAAAGUCAGAAAGAGCUGGUUUGCACAUCAAGGAUUUCCAUGGGCGUUGGGUACUUGUUGAUGGGGACCUUGGCCCUCAAGAUGCCAUUGUCUACCCUGGUCUUGCCCUUUACCAGGCAACAGCUGGUUAUGUCAGCCCGGCUUUGCACAGGAUAGAGAUGGGCGGUAUGCAAGGUAACGUCUAUGGAAGGUGUUCUUUUGCUUUCAAGCUCAUGCCAAGAGCCAUGGCUAGUUUCAGCUGUUCAGAAAUGAGAGCAGCUGGGUAUGGAGUGGAAGCCCAAUUUCAGAUGCCUAUACAAGUGGAUGACUUCAUGCAGAGAACCCACCCCACAGAUCAACUGUUGACUAGGCAUACUUGCACAAGUUAUACGUUUCAUGCAAGCCAAGAUGAUGGUGAUACAGUAUCUAUGAAACCUAUCAUUAAGAGGAGGAAGAACAGUUCGGGAUCCAAACAGCUUCCUCCUUCCAAGAGACUACGGUGUGCGGCACAGAGGGUUCUGAAGGAGCGAGUCCAAGAUAUUGCGGAUAAGAAGGGAAUCAGAUUAAGGUUUUGCAAUCUCAAGGAAUGUGAAGGCCACAUUCAUGCACUAGACAGCCCAUGUGCUAGUAUAAGAAUGGAAAUUGGGUGGCCAGCUGGAGUUCCCUUUGUCCACCCUCAUGACCUCCCAAACAAAGCUAAGCUUGGGUUUCUCGAAGCUUAUGAACCUGGAUGGACAGCCUCUCAGCAAGAUAUGGAGUUAAGUCCUUUUGAACCCGGACAGGAGUCAAUCUCCGUAGCAUUUGAUUUAUGGCCGUCUUCUGUCAGCUUAUGAGUUCAACAUCAAACAAAAUCAUCUUCCCCAGCCAUUCACAUGGAUGUACAUCAAUCCCUUUGUAUUCCUUCCUAGAUUGAUACUGCUUUGAAUUCUUUUGUCCCAACUGAAAUAAGUCGCCUGCACCAUGGACAGUGCCUUGGAAAGCUAUAGUUGCAGCAAAGAAGCCUAUGAUACCUCAUGAUACAUGAUCCGAUCUGUUUAUACAUUUUCAUUAUGUCGAGAUGCAGGCUGGGUUUGUAUGAAUAAAGUAUGAUUAUAAGUCAAUAUUGCUGAUUCCAUAAGCCUGCAGCAGUUCAUUCAGAUUACCUACCAGGACCAGGGUGCUGGAAAUUUUCUCCAUGUGAAUUAUGGCUCAAGGAUACUGAAAUCCAAUUCAGACAUGUAAAAAGUAAUUCGGUUUUUGGGGUUGUAAAUGUAGAUAAGUUUGUAAGCCAGUGAUUAUUUGUAAAAUUUGUUGAAUGUACAAGACUCGAUAUACUACUCCGGAGAUGGACAUUUAUUUAUCGGCUUUGUUUAAUUUGUGCAAAGUAAUGGAUGGCAAGCAAGAUAUGAUGCUUUUCAUAU